AGAUCCAGUGCAGAUCGCAAGGCACAGUAUGUGCAGCAGCUCAGUGAGGUUGGACCAUGGCCCCCUGCCUGUUGGCGUUGCCGCCAUGCAAGGAGAAACUUUCGGCCCCGGCGCCGACUCGCAAAGAUCCGCUAGUGGGGCAGAAUAUCAGCAGUUGACAUGCGCGAGACUCAGUGUUCGGGAUAUCUGCUAUAAGCUCCAUGCAGCGGCGGUAGUGUGUUCGUGUGGUUCCGUGGAAGUUAUCCUCCACGCGUGUCUUGAAUCGGUUUUGAGGUGGUUGAUUGUUUAAGGGUGCUGGCUGUAGUCAUCUGUUGUGCGACUCACGUGAUUCGACUGACGUUUGCUGGCAGCGAGGGAGUACACGGUAGAGAAUCAGCAUGGAGAGUGGAGCUUGGGACUCUGAAUACUUCGAUAAACGAGCGACGCCAGGGGUGGGGGCUGUUGGUGGUUCGAAGAUGCCACCCCCGCAUGCGCAUGGAGCUGUUGCACCACCGCCUGCUAUGUACAACAACCCUGCGAUGGAAUCAAACAAGGAUGACAAUUUCUUUGGCGCAAUUGUUUUGUCUUUACGAGCUGCGCAGAUUGUGUUCACCGUCGUAGGGCUCGGUGUUAUGGGAUCAUUGAAGCAUACUUCGCAUGGGGAUUAUUAUUAUUAUUAUUACGAUUUCUCAUUCACCCAGGUCGACUCUUACAUAGGAGUUCUUAGCCUGGAUGUCAUCGUGUGUCUCUAUGCGAUAGUCCAGCUAGUCCUGUGCUUCAUACAGCGCUCAAAUCAGGGGAAAUAUUUAUCGUCACCCACGACGGUCGCCGCUAAGCUCACUUUCGUCUUUGACCAAGUUCUCGCCUACGCCCUCGUGGCUACUGCUGGCGCUGCAGCAGGCUCUGCACUCGAAAUAAGAAAAGGGACGUCAUGCAGCGGGACUUGGACAGUUAUCUGCUCCAAAGGCGAGGCUUCUGUAGCAAUGUCUUUCUUUGCAUUCGCUUUUCUUGCCGCUACAGCUGCUGUGUAUUCAGUGCGACUUUUGAGGAUUACCGGGAGAUGAUGUGUAGUUUACUAGGCAAGAUUCCAGCUCCUUCGAAGGGUUGUUCUAGGGUUAAUCAGUACCGUGGUCGUGCUGUGCCUGAUUUCGAUUACUACAUGUUACUAUAAUGUUCUGCUCUCACCACUCGUGGUCCGCUUGUAGUGAUAGGCAACCCUCUUUACAUUCUUCAAGCAGUAGGUGGUCUAGAUCUCUAGUGGUGAAUAUUCCAUCUCGCUGGAGCGUUAUUGUUUUGUUUUAAUUUUUUCAAAUUUUUUACCAGCAUUGAAGUUAAUGCUGCACUGCCUCACACGCAUUCUAUGGA